AUGCCUGACAAAUUUAAGAUGCCUCGAGUUGAUAAAUAUGAUGGAAGUGGAGAUCCUUCCGAUCAUAUGGAGAGUUUCCGAGCUCAUAUCAUUCUUCACGAUACUCCAGACGAAAUAGCUUGCCGAGCUUUCCCUUUAACUCUGAAAGGGGUUGCUAAGGAGUGGUUCGGAGGCUUGAGCCCCAAAUCUGUUGAUAAUUUUGAUUCUCUCGGACAACAAUUCCUGGGUCCAUUCCUUGCUGUUUGGAAAAGAAAGAAAAAUCCAGCAUAUUUAUUGUCUCUCGUGCAAGGAAAAACCGAAUCUUUAAAAGAUUUUAUGUUAUGGUUUAAUCGGGAGAAGUUGACGGUGGAAAGUCUGAAUGAACAGACUGUUCUUUUAGCUUUAAUGCAUGGCAUAAAGGCUGAUGGGCCAUUGAUGGCCGAAUUAGCUCGGAAACCGACUUUGGGAACUCUUCGGCAAUUCACCCACAAAGCUGAAGAAUUCAUUAAUCAAGAAGAAACCGUGUCAGCUCUGAUAAAGUCCAAAGCUGAAGGGAGUAAGCCUGUUCCUGAUUCAAUUAGAGCAACACCAAGGGCCUUUGUCGAACAGAAGAAAAAAGAUCAUCGAAAUUUAAGAACUCCAUAA